CUCCGCAGAGGCUUUGCUGCCCUCUGUCGGUUACUAAAUACUUCCCAAAUUAAUUAACAACACCUGUGUGCAGAGGACGCGUCUUCCUGCUACAACUUAAAAUACUGUCGUGCUGAUUUUCACGAAAACGUGAUUUGAACGCAUUAUACACUAAUUAAAGACAGGGAUUCUCGAUAACAGCCGCCAAACAAAGAUGAGCAAUUUAUUUAUGAAUAUUUGGAUGCGACUUUUAGACUGAACUUCGCUGUCAGGAGUUAGGUAAAAUGGUCGUCUCGCCUGCCUUUUUUAAUCAUUCAGGCUGGAGGCUGCCUCCUCUCACAAACGCAGACAGGUGAUCAGAGUUGAGAGAGUUGUUGUUGACCGCCCCUAAUCGGAUUAUUUGACCUGAGAGGACACGACUUGAUCAGCUGAAAAGGAAAGGGACGAGGCUACAUAUUCUCCUCUCUGCUAACUCUCUGCUUCUCUUCUUGAGGGGAAAAAAUGCCUCUCUUUAUUAACCGUGACCAGAUAUUUGCGCAUCAGGUGCAUCUGCUGGAGCACAAACUGAGGAGUAAAGAGGAGCGAAUACUGGAGCUGGAGACAGAGAAUGCUAUUCUUCAUUUAAGACUUGCAGAGUGUCUGGGGAAACUACGUAGGGACCAGGAGGAGGAGAGCAAGGCCUUGAACCAUCAGCACCAGAGGGAUGCACAGAAUAUAACCCAGACAGCCCUGGCCAAACUCCUGUCUCAGGUUCAGGCUGUGAAGCAGGACCUGAGUGAAGUGUUUGCAGUAUAUGUGAGUUUUGCCACUGAGCUGGAGGAACAGAGCAAGAAGCUACUGGAGAAAGUAGAGCAAGCCAGCUCCUCCCUUAACGGUCACCAUGGAGACGAGGUUCAGAACUUGCAGGCUCGUGUCGCAGCUCUGGAGCGCUCUCUGGAGGAGGAGAAGGAGAGGUGCGGGGCAGAGAGGCAGAGGAGGAAAGAACUUCACAACACACUGGUGGAGCUUAGAGGUAACAUCAGAGUUCACUGCAGGGUGCGACCAGUUCUACCCUUUGACCACAUCCAGUCCUCAUCCUCUGGAUCAGGGCCUGCAUCAUCAGAGGAAGUAGUCUAUGCAAUCAGUGAUGACACGGUGAUGGUGAAUUGCCUGAAGACUGGGAUGCCAGUGCAAAACAAGAUGUUUGAGUAUGAGAGGGUUCAUGGACCAGAGGAUUCCCAGGAUGCUGUGUUUGAGGAAGUAAAGCCACUCCUCACAUCCCUUCUGGACGGCUAUAAUGUUUGUAUCAUGGCAUACGGACAGACAGGCAGUGGGAAAACUCACACCAUGAUGGGAUCCCAGCCACUAGAGGAGCACUCAAGGACGCAGCAGGAGGCACAGCAGGGUAUUAUCCCCAAGGCUGCUGCUGAGCUGUUUCGGCUGAUCUCUGAGAAGCCUGCAGAGAGCCACACAGUGGAGGUGUCAGUGAUGGAGGUGUACAACAAUGAGGUGUUUGACCUGCUGGCAAAAGAUGAGCAGGGGAAAGCUGCCGGCCAGCGCAGGGAUGUCAUCACCACCUCCUCUGGUACCAGCGAGGUCACCUCCCUUACAUAUGAGCCUGUGUGUAGCACCUCUGAGGUGAUGCAGAUCAUCCUCAGUGUUCUGAAACUCAGGGCUCACUGUCCCACUCUUGUCCAUACUGACUCCUCACGCUCUCAUCUCAUUGUAACCCUCACCAUUUCCUCCAAGAGCCCCAAUGCACUGGCUCUGGCCCGCAGGCUACAGAGUGCCAAGAAGGACAUGCAACGCUCCCCCCAGAAGGAGUGGUGGAGUCCACGCUGUCGCCGUGCCAACCCUGCUGCCCGCCACUCAUCUGACGAACUCUUUGCAAGCACCGCCUCCUCUCCCUGCCCUUCACCUUCACAUUCCCCGUGUCCCUCCCCGAGGCACAGUAUCUCACAGACUCCAUUCAGGACCAAGCUGCAGCUGGUGGACCUGGCAGGGAGUGAGUGUGUUGGUAUGUCUGGGGUUUCGGGUGCUGCUCUGUGGGAGGUGUCCUGUAUAAACCGCAGCCUCUCUGCUCUGUCUGAUGUCCUGGGAGCUCUGGCCGAGCAGAGACCGCACGUCCCCUACAGGAACAGCAAACUGACUCAUCUACUCCAGGAUUCCAUAGGUGGCGAUGCCAAGUUAUUGGUGAUGCUGUGUGUCUCUCCCACGCAGCGUUUCAUCACCGAGUCUCUGCAGUCUCUGGGAUUAGGCACGCGGGCCCGUCAGGUCCAGAAGGAGCUACCUCGAAGGAAGAAUAACACCCUUAAAGUUAAGUGAUGAGACAGAGAGAGAUUUCAUCCUUUGCAACGUAAAGGUGCUGUGGCAGCAUGUAUCCUUUAACAGUCAUGCCAGCAGAGCAGAUCUGACAUGCAUACCUACAAAUGUAUUCUUUUACUUUUCCAGAAUAUAAAUGUAUGAUUGUAUCUGUGGGCCCUUGAAAGACUGACAAAUCAAAGUUCACAGCCUUAAACAAUACGAUAGUAACUUAUUGCAGUUAUUAGACAUUUUAAUUUAUCACUGGGUUACUUGGUGCUACAUACUCAUUUGUAUUAAAAUCCUGAACAGUAAUAGUAAUAGAGUGAUAUCAUCUUCCUGACUCUACAGAAGAGUUUAGUAGAUACUUAACUUUGGGAAAUAUGUUGGUUUAACCAGCAUUGUUGCUAUAUUUCUAUUUUUAAAUAGAUCUUGGUAGCACUAAAUGUCAACAUAGGUUAACUACUGCAGAAUUGCAGAUAUUUUGUAAUACACAUUUUUGAUGUGCAAUUAAGCCUGGCAGUUUCUUAGGGAGCUGAAUAGCUGUACAUGACAAUAAAAUUAAGGUAGGAUUUUAAUAACAUAGAAUAACUAUGAAAAUACUAUAGUUAGUACUUUUUUCAGUGUGAUUAAAUUCCAUUUUAUCUACACCAGUAUUAAGAUGUAGAUCAUGCCAGUAGUGAAUACUGCUGUAUUGUAACGCAGAAGCUUUUUGAUCACUGUAGUCUUAUUUAUUUAUUCUGCUGUAAAUCAUUGAAAUACCUGCUGCUCAUGCUAUGCCUUCUCUUUUUUAGUGUUUUGGUGUUCAUACAGUAUUUAUGCACAUUUUCAUGUAUUCUGUAUCUGUAAUCAUCACCUUUUUUGUUACACAUUGCAAAUCUUUCCAAAACCUUGAUAGACUAGUCUCAAUAGAAUAUGGUAUUAGUAUUACUUUAAAAUAAACAGAUGACAUGCAGA